AUUGUGACACGUCCCCCUGCUGAGUGACUUGGCUGAGAACUUUGGGAAGAGCAACCAUUUGAGGACAGCAAGUGAGGGAGAGCAGAGCAGAGCAAGUGAGAAACUCAAGAUGUUCCGUGAGGGAAUGAAGAGACUCUCUUCGUCUCAAGUGUAAGUAGGAUUUCUAAUUCUUUCUGCAUUCUGCUUCUUUCACCAUCCCUCAAGAUUUAGAAACACGGGGAACUAUGUCAUGGUUAGAUUAAUUUUUAAAGAUUGUCCUCAGGACUACCACAGAUGCUUUGAGGGAAAUGGCUUCUCCCUUGUUGGCAUCAUCACAAGAAGAGCAUCUCCCAGUAUUGGAAGGUCUUUUGACAAGAUGCCCCCCUCCAUUAGAGUUCUGACAGCAAAUUCAGCUGCCAGGUACCCCAAAUUCAGUGCAGAGAUAGAGAGUAUGAAGGAUGUAACUAGAAUCCAUUUUAUGACCGUCUCCCUGUUCUUCCUUAGGUUUCAGAAGCUGCGCAGGCUUCUGGCCUCCUGUUGUCACACCCUCAAAAUCCAUCCCCUGGUCUACAAGAAGGAGAGAGAGGCAGAGGAAGUGAUGGUUAUGAAGGAUGAGAAGGUAAUACCAGUGAAAUUAAGAGUCAUCUAUGUUCAUCCCAUCGACCAGGGGAUGGUUGCCACCCGCCGUGAUUUGCAAGGUGAGAGAUGACCUGUUUUCAUGAGGAACUGUGAGGCCAGAGAGAAUCUGGCUCUCGGGGGAGGAAGGAUUCAAGAAGGGUUCAGGGACAUCCAUUUUGAAGGAGAGAACAAUUUCUGUUUACCUCUGUGCUUUUUCAUUAUGGUGUAGUGCCCACUGCAGUCUCUCAGGUUUGCAGGUGUGCCUAUCGGUUCAAAAGGGUUGGCAACCCAAGUUAGACUGCUGGACUAGGACUGGGGGACCAGGGUUCAAAUCCCCCCAUGGAAUUUAAUGGGCAAUCUUGGGCACUCACUGCCUCUUGGCCUAACCUACCUCACAGAUCUGUUGUGAGGAUGGGAUGAGGAGGGGAGAAUAGCAUAAGCCACCUUAAGACCCUUACAGGAAAGAUGGGUUAUCAAUGUGAUAAUGCAUGAAUAAUAAAUGAAAAAAUAAGAAUAUUUUUUCUUUUCUAUUCCAGGCAGCGACAGCAGUGAGACCAGCAGCUCCAGCACAGCUACCCCACCCCAAGGCCCAGUUCCCUUUCCCCACAAAACCAAAUAUCAAAAUAAAUAG